CGUCGACGAGCUUGCUCGCCAUGCUCAUCUCGUCUUCCCGUGUCGAUGUCAAGGACGACGUCAUGUCCACGGCGUUGUACUCGUCCGCUGCGAGCUACGCUUCGAGCGAACUGUCUGUCGACGACGCAGCCAACGUGGUGUCGCUGCCGUCGUCGUUCGACCAUCUCGUCGCGGCGUCGUCCGUUGAGCUGCCGCGGAAGCAAGGGGUGUUGCAAGUUCCGAAAGCAUCUCGAUGGACGAUGACGCCUUGGAGGAAGCCCGUGGCUACGUUGGUCGACUGUUGGGUGACGUUCAACGGCCGGGACCUGUCGUGGUUCAAGUCGUCCGGCCACGGAGUGUACAAACCCACGCCCGUGUGCACGUUGGAUCUGUCGAGUUCCAUGUACAUCCAGUUCCAAGACCUCGCCGCAGACACGUUUGCCAUCGUCGAAUCCAUCCCCACCGACAUCCUCCACAACCAGCCUUCUUCGAGCAUGUCACGCAAUCGAUCUUCAUCCACCAGUAGUCGCCUUGCCACGAAAACGCGCCACGUCUUCACCGCACGCGAUGUCGCAGACAAGCUAGCGUGGCUACAAGUUCUCGUCGAUGCCUUGCACAUCCAAGACUGGUACUCUGGGUUCCGCAUUGGGCGGUUGUUAGGCCAAGGCGGGUCCAGCUCUGUGCAUUUACUCACAGACGUCUCCACAGGCUCGACGUUUGCGCUCAAGUCGAUCGACACGAAUGGACAACCGGGGCAUGCCGAAUUGGCCACGAACGAAGUGACGAUCCUCCAACACGUGGCAACCUGUGCUGGCACGUCGCCGUAUUUGAAGUCGCAUGUGACCAAGCUGGUCAAGGUCGUCGGUGACCACAAGGGCCGCGUCGGGCUCGUGAUGCCGUUCCAUCGAGGCGGCACCCUCGCGGAUCGGAUUGGCGGGCUACUGUCGCGGCCCCAUUGCAUAAGGCGGGAAGCCCAAACCAAACGGUUGGCGCGUACGUUGCUGUCGACGUUGCUGGCGUUGCACACGAACGCCGGCGUGUUGCACUUGGACAUCAAACCGUCUAACAUUUUGUUUCGCAAUAUGGCUAAUAACGACGACGACAACGUUGCCACGAUCGUGCUAGCCGACUUUGGGUUUGCCCACCAACUAGUCGAUGUCGUGAACUACUCGCCCGACGCCACAGCAGCAACGACGACUACUAUUACUAGUACUACCCCCACGCGCGGCACCAUUGGGUACAUGGCGCCCGAACUGGUCGAGUUUCAAUUCGGUCAUGGGCGAGCCACCACCGACGAUCAUGACGAUCAUAGGCCCCCCCCUUUAACCCCCGCCGCUGACGUGUUUAGUGCAGGCGUCGUGCUGUUCCAGUACCUCAUAGGAUGCAUGCCAUUCCCUGGAUCGCAUCCGGAUAAGGUGGUUGAGCGCAUGCUCCGAGGACACAUGGUCCGUCCACAAGCGCAGUGGGAGCUCGUGUCCCCCGAAGGCCAGCAGUUUGUCUUGUCCAUGCUGGAGCGAACGCCGUCGCAGCGCCCCACAGUCGCCGACUUGCUCGCGCUUCCGUGGCUUGAGACAUCGUGACAUGGUGGUGUACACGUUUUUGAUCAUCGUAUAACUUAUCGAGCAGUGGUUUCGAGACAUUAUUAGUUAUUGUCACACGGGAUAUUGUCCAAUAUAUAAAGUAACAAAUAUAUGCUCAAUGAAUGACCUAGCCAA